AUGCCGCACCUGGAAGAAAACGAAGUGCAACGGCUCCCACUCAACAUCUCAGCCGUGAUAGCUGGCCACAAAGUGGCCAGGAUACACGUGGACGGAGGAUCUGGGGUAGAAGUCAUAUACGAACAUUGUUUCCUCAGAUUUGACAGGGAUGUAAGAGACCGACUUGAGGAGGAUUCAAUCCCUCUAGUAGGAUUCAACAACAGUGUGCCACACCCCCUGGGGAAGAUCAAGUUCCCAUUCACAGUUGGGGUAGGGGAUCGAGUUCAAACGAUAAACUUGACUUUCACAGUGGUCCGAGCACCCUCAAAAUACAACGUAAUCCUGGGAAGACCCGGGAUUGGAGAUUUGCAAGCACAGGCAUCCACCCCACACGGAGCCUUAGUAUUUCAGACACCAAAGGGCUUGGCUUGGGUUCCCGAAGCAAACGGUCAAAGUGGGAAGUCACCUAAGUGA